AUGCCACAUUUCCCCAUGGAUUCCGAAUUAAAAUCUACAGAGGGUGCUUCUACCGACGUGCAAAAUCCUUCAAUUCAAAUGAAAAACCGCCGAAAGCGGUACUUAGACCUCCAUCCAGAAUAUUUCUCGGCGGAGCUCGAGCUAGCCGACCCGUUACUGUACGAUCGUCUUAUCCGCCGAUUUCAGACUCCGCAGGAACGGGAAGCGCAAGGGCGCGAGAAGGGAUUCUCGGGUGUCUUACAAGCGGACUUGUUACGUUCCGAGGCUAAGAUGGACGCGCUGGCGCAUCCUGAUCCCGCUUCGAUGCUGAGCUAUACCCGUGGACCGAAUGGAGAGAUUCUUGCAGAGGAUCGUGAUGAUAUUCCUUCCAGCAAGGAGGAAGGAGAGAAACAAUGGCAAUGGGAAAUGAGGCUACGCUUUAUGAGAGGCGAUGAUGAUGAUUUUGAUUACAAGACUGUUGAUGACAACGAGGAUUACGAUGAUCGGUCUGAGGAGCAGGAUGAGUACUUUGAUGAGGAGGAGCCAGAGUGGGUGGUUGAUGACCUUAGAGGCGAGAAUGCGACAGCUCAGCUUCAGGGUGAAACUGGUAUCCAGGACUUCUGA